AUGAACCGAGACUCGUCUAAUGUGGGUGCUCAAUUGCUGGCGGCAGAGGUAAAUAACCUGGAACAUGGUACACUCUGCAGCCGGUGUGAAAAGGCCAUCACGGGGGAGAACUCUUCAGGCUUCUCGUACCUAAAGCUAUUCUUGGUCUUUAUCCUAUGCCAAGUCCCCAUCUUGGGGCUUAGCUUGUCUGCCUGCCAUAACUACCAGUCGAACAAUGCUGCUGCUACAUCCAAAGGCAUUGACCAGCAAGACUACUUCACUCUCGAGAGCUACAACUCCACCGAGAAACUCUACGAUAUUGUGGAUGCAGCUGAUAAAUCACCGGAAGCAGACGCGUUCUGGCAUGAGCUUCAGAAGACUGAUGGCAUAGUCUCGGUUACUAGCGAAUGGGCGAAGGAAAAUGCUCUACCUCAGACGGUCUCUCACCCUGAUGAUCCAGUUUCCAAGAUAUAUCAAAUCAACGUCUUCCACGCGCUCCAUUGCUUAUAUCGCAUCAGGAACAGGCUCACAUCAAACAUACCCCUCGAGAAAUGGCCACGCAACGACAUCCACACGAUGCACUGCGUAGACCACAUCCGGAACGAUUUGAUGUGCCACGCCGACAUCUCGCUCUCGGGGUCCGGGGAGUACGUCUCGUUCAACUCGCACAGUCACCAUCAGAAGUGCAGAGACUUGGGCGCGCUUCAGAGGUGGGCUAAGCGGCAUAGCUGGGCUGGCUACAAGGAGUAUUUGGAAGGCGUGGUGGGAUAUGAUUUCAACGAGGCCGAGCGUGUGAACAUGGCUACGGCUGGGAAGGGGCACUGGAAUAAGGCGCAAAGUACGCUUGAUAAGGAGACUGAGAAGAUUGAGCUUUGGUUUGAAGAGGACUCAUAA